AUGACACAACAAAAGAUCACCAUUCCGAACAGCCGCAACGAGAAGCUAGAAGGUAUACUACAUGAAACCGAGUCAAGAGAAAUCAUAGUCUUGUGCCAUGGAUUUCUAUCGAGAAAAGAGUCCACAAUUAUCAAAAAUUUGGCUACUGCUAUAGAGAAAGAAGGGAUCAGUGCUUUCCGUUUCGAUUUCUCCGGUAAUGGAAUGAGUGAAGGAAUUUUCUCUUAUGGUAACUAUAGCCAUGAAACUGAUGGUGAUCUACGUUCUGUUAUUCAACAUUUGUCUAAUAACAUGAACCGUGUGGUUACUACUAUUCUUGGGCAUAGUAAAGGAGGUGAUGUGGUCCUUCUCUAUGCCUCAAAGUAUCGCGAUAUCCGCAAUGUAAUCAAUCUUUCGGGACGUUAUGAUAUGAGAAAAGGCAUAGUAGACCGUUUUGGGGAAGAUGUUUUUGAAAGAAUUGAGAAACAAGGAUUCAUAGAUGCUAAGAAUCAUCAAAAGGGGAAACCAGGGUACAGGGUUACUAAAGAGGGUUUAAUAGAGGGUUUAAACACUGAUAUGCAUCAAGCUUGUCUCAAGAUUGAUAAAGAAUGCAGAGUCUUGACGGUUCAUGGAACCGAGGAUAAGACAGUACCUGUGGAAGAUGCCAAGGAGUUUGCGAAGAUCAUACCAAACCACAAGCUGGAAAUUGUCGAAGGAGCAGGUCAUAGUUUUUCCGAACAUCAAGCUCUAUUGAUUUCAAUAGUUAUGAAGUUUGUAAAGACAGCAGUCGUGAAGAACCACUAG